AUGCAACCAAAGGUUCCCAGGAAAGGGAGAGGCCCCCGGUCAAAGGGAGAGCCCCCAGGUCAAAGGGAGUGCCCCCGGUCAAAGGCCCCCGGUCAAAGAGAGUGCCCCCCGGUCAAAGGAGUGCCCCCGGUCAAAGGGAGAGGCCCCCGGUCAAAGGGAGAGGCCCCCGGUCAAAGGGAGAGGCCCCCGGUCAAAGAGAGCCCCCAGGUCAAAGAGAGAGCCCCCAGGUCAAAGAGAGAGCCCCCAGGUCAAAGAGAGUGCCCCCAGGUCAAAGAGGUCAAAGAGAGCCCCCAGGUCAAAGAGAGUGCCCCCCCGGUCAAAGAGAGUGCCCCCGGUCAAAGGAGAGCCCCCAGGUCAAAGAGAGUGCCCCCAGGUCAAAGAGAGAGCCCCCAGGUCAAAGGGAGUGCCCCCAGGUCAAAGAGAGAGCCCCCAGGUCAAAGAGAGAGCCCCCAGGUCAAAGGAGUGCCCCCAGGUCAAAGAGAGAGCCCCCGGUCAAAGAGAGAGCCCCCAGGUCAAAGAGAGAGCCCCCAGGUCAAAGGGAGAGCCCCCAGGUCAAAGAGAGUGCCCCCAGGUCAAAGAGAGAGCCCCCAGUCAAAGAGAGAGCCCCAGGUCAAAGAGAGAGCCCCCAGGUCAAAGAGAGAGCCCCCAGGUCAAAGGGAGAGCCCCCAGGUCAAAGAGAGAGCCCCCGGUCAAAGGGAGAGCCCCCAGGUCAAAGGGAGAGCCCCCGGUCAAAGGGAGUGCCCCAGGUCAAAGAGAGCCCCCAGGUCAAAGAGAGAGCCCCCAGGUCAAAGGGAGAGCCCCCGGUCAAAUGGAGUGCCCCCAGGUCAAAGGGAGAGCCCCCGGUCAAAGAGAGAGCCCCCGGUCAAAGGGAGUGCCCCCGGUCAAAGGAGUGCCCCCCGGUCAAAGAGAGUGCCCCCAGGUCAAAGGGAGUGCCCCCAGGUCAAAGGAGAGCCCCCAGGUCAAAGAGAGCCCCCAGGUCAAAGAGAGUGCCCCCAGGUCAAAGAGAGUGCCCCCAGGUCAAAGAGAGUGCCCCCAGGUCAAAGAGAGUGCCCCCAGGUCAAAGAGGAGUGCCCCAGGUCAAAGAGAGAGCCCCCGGUCAAAGGGAGUGCCCCCGGUCAAAGUGAGAGCCCCCAGGUCAAAGAGAGAGCCCCCGGUCAAAGAGAGAGCCCCCAGGUCAAAGAGAGAGCCCCCAGGUCAAAGAGAGAGCCCCCAGGUCAAAGGGAGUGCCCCCAGGUCAAAGAGAGAGCCCCCGGUCAAAGAGAGAGCCCCCAGGUCAAAGAAAGAGCCCCCAGGUCAAAGGAGAGCCCCCGGUCAAAGGGAGAGCCCCCGGUCAAAGAGAGAGCCCCCAGGUCAAAGAGAGAGCCCCAGGUCAAAGAGAGCCCCCAGGUCAAAGGGAGAGCCCCCAGGUCAAAGGAGAGCCCCCAGGUCAAAGAGAGCCCCCAGGUCAAAGGGAGAGCCCCCAGGUCAAAGGGAGAGCCCCCGGUCAAAGGGAGCCCCCAGGUCAAAGAGAGAGCCCCCAGGUCAAAGGGAGAGCCCCCGGUCAAAGGAGAGCCCCCAGGUCAAAGGGAGAGCCCCCAGGUCAAAGAGAGAGCCCCCAGGUCAAAGGGAGAGCCCCAGGUCAAAGAGAGAGCCCCCGGUCAAAGGGAGAGGUCAAAGAGAGAGCCCCCAGGUCAAAGAGAGAGCCCCCAGGUCAAAGGGAGAGCCCCCAGGUCAAAGGGAGAGCCCCCGGUCAAAGGGAGUGCCCCCAGGUCAAAGAGAGAGCCCCCGGUCAAAGAGAGAGCCCCAGGUCAAAGGAGAGCCCCCAGGUCAAAGGGAGAGCCCCCAGGUCAAAGGGAGAGCCCCCAGGUCAAAGAGGAGAGCCCCCGGUCAAAGGGAGAGCCCCCAGGUCAAAGGGAGAGCCCCCGGUCAAAGGGAGAGCCCCCAGGUCAAAGAGAGAGCCCCCCCGGUCAAAGGGAGUGCCCCCAGGUCAAAGAGAGAGCCCCCGGUCAAAGAGAGAGCCCCAGGUCAAAGAGAGAGCCCCCAGGUCAAAGAGAGAGCCCCCAGGUCAAAGAGAGAGCCCCCAGGUCAAAGGGAGAGCCCCCAGGUCAAAGGGAGAGCCCCCAGGUCAAAGAGAGAGCCCCCAGGUCAAAGAGCCCCCGAGAGCCCCCAGGUCAAAGAGAGAGCCCCCAGGUCAAAGAGAGAGCCCCCAGGUCAAAGAGAGAGCCCCCAGGUCAAAGGGAGAGCCCCCAGGUCAAAGAGAGAGCCCCCCAGGUCAAAGGGAGAGCCCCCAGGUCAAAGGGAGAGCCCCCGGUCAAAGGGAGUGCCCCCAGGUCAAAGAGAGAGCCCCCCAGGUCAAAGGGAGAGCCCCCAGGUCAAAGGGAAGCCCCCAGGUCAAAGAGAGAGCCCCCAGGUCAAAGGGAGAGCCCCCGGUCAAAGGGAGAGCCCCCGGUCAAAGAGAGAGCCCCCAGGUCAAAGAGAGAGCCCCCAGGUCAAAGGGAGAGCCCCCCGGUCAAAGGGAAUGCACUAUACAGGGAAUAA